AUGAUCGCCACCACCUCCCUCAAAGCCCUCGGCGCCGCCACCGCCAUCUACCUCCUCGGCCAGCAAGUCCAGUGCCCCUUCAUCGCCGUCCCCCUCGUCGCCGACGCCGUCGCCAUGACCGUUGCGCAGGUCGGCUCGGCCGCCGCCAGCUUCGGCGGUGCCAUUGCGGCCGCGCACUUCGCGAAGGCCCGCGGUCUGCCUCUUAGCGGCCGCGCCGCUGCCAUCAGCGCGCCUGCCGGUGUGCCCCAGUAUAACUUCGACAUGUGUGUUGAUAGUCUGAUGGAUCCUGCGGUUACUGUUACUGUUACGGGGCCUGUGCAGAACAAUGGUGUCCAAAUCGACGGCCUCCCCUCCAACUGCAUGGUUCUCAACAGUGUUUUCACUGGCGACGGUCUUAUCCCCACCCCCUGUGGCUCUGCUUGCCUUCUGUACAACAACUUGAACGCCGAUCAGUAUGGCCAGAUGCAGUCUAUUCUCGGCCAAGUGCAGGCUCUCUAA